GCACUGGCAGUGUAUAUCUGUUACUAUUACACCAAACAGACAAGCACCCCCGCCAGUGUGUAGGUCUGUUACCAUUUUUGGCCCAACAUAAUGAACAGGCGCUGAUGCUAUCGUAUCAGAUUUAUACGGUUAUAGCCACUGUGCUCGUAAAGGAUGGUAGGUAUAGAUAGAUAUAUGACUUACUUAUACUAGGUCAGGACGAGAUAUAUGACGUGGGUGUUAGACGAUCAACCAUUUGGAUUAUAUAUAUACUAUACAACAGCAUUAACCAGGUUUUAUAUGGUGUGUGUAUAAACAGAGUGAUAUAUUAUCAUGUGGUGUUAUGUGACAGUUGUGUUAGUGUUAGUUAUAACAUCUAUACCAGCACAACAACAAGACUAUUUACCAACUGUAUGGAAUUUUAACCAAUAUCCUGAUCCUGCCACGGAUUAUCUGAAAUGUGGCAGACGCAUGAAAUCAUCGGUCUGUGAUCCCAAUGGUAUCAUUACGAAAUCUAAAGCUGAUGAGAUUGAUAGAGUUAUAGACGGUGUAAGGAAUGAUACUAGGUGUAUGUGUUAUGACUGUGUUCAAGCUAAACGAGGCUACAUCAUCAGAGUUGCUAUACUACCACAAAUGCAGAAAAUAUUAAAUAUGACUGGAAAUAAUCCAGAGGGUAAAUUAAAAGAUGCCCAGUUAUUCGCCUACCUAUUAUCACAGAGAUGGAAUCUAGUUGGUACCUGUAAUGAAACUAUUUUAAUUCUUUAUGCUAGAAAUGAUAAUAUAAUUUAUACCUUAACAAGACAACAUGCGAGAUUGAGGUUAAGAGAUAGUGCUAUUAUACAAGUAUCAAUGAAUACUAGACAUUAUUUUAACAAGAAUGCAACAAUAGCUGAUGGAAUUAUACAAACUAUUUUAGGAUACAAAACAAUUCUACGUGGUGAAGAAUAUGUACCUCAUUUCGCCGAGAUUAAAGAUGAUGACAGUCAUGGGACACUGAUGACCCCAACAUGGUGCCUUUUAUUUAUAUCACUGUUCUUUAUAGUCUCUGUUUAAGCCAUGAUCGAUAAGUAACAAAGACAAAAGCUAACGUACCUUUCCAACGUCAAUCAGGUGGUUUAACUGGAGAAUUCUGGCUUCAACAAUAUCUUCCUUCUGCUACAUAGGACUUCUUUUCCAUGUAUUAUUCCUGGUUCACGAGCACCAUUACUGAUAACUGUAACACUACAGAUAAGUGAACGUCAGCAUAAUAAAUGAUCUGAACUUUAUUACAACCAUGAAAUGUGAAUAGGUUGGAAGAAACUCUGUAAUUAAACACAUCUAACCAAUAUAUGUAGUGGUCAGUUGGGCCCUGUUUCUCGAAAUCUUAACUAAAGAUAAAAUCCAAAUUUUAGUACAUACUUCAAUUGUGAUUGGCUAAGCACUAAAAUCAAUUUACAAAAAUUUGAAUUUUAUCUUAGUUAAAAUUUCGUGAAACAGGCCCCAGUUUAUAAGUACUGGGCGUCGGUGCAUUUAAUUAUAUAAUAGAUGUUAGUAUACUGUAUUGUAAUAUAUAGUCAAAGUUUGAUAAACGUUAUAAAUUAUGAAGCACUUUGCAGUCACAAGUCAAGAGUCUGGCUACAAUUUACAAACGAGAGAGUUUUAUGAUCUCAAGUUCGCGUGAUGCAUGUAACUGGUUCUACAUUUUUUUUGCAUCUUAGGUAUGUUUCUCGGUAAAACGUAGGGGGGGGGGGGGUGCGGGGUACUCGUUGUUUAAGUGGUGUAUUAUAUGUACCUGGUUCGCUCCUGUUCCCCCAUCAUACGACUUGUGGUCCAGUUGGUCCUACAUGAAUUUAGUACCCGGGCAACCCAAUGCCCCAAUAAUAUUGUAGAUUGAUUUCGUUUUUAUUUGGGUUAUCGUCAAGCUAAAGCAACAAGAACUGUCUACGUCAGUUUUAAAAAUAAAUCCGGUAGACAAAUUUCAGAGGACGAGUUAGUUAUAUUUUAAGUGAAAUAUAACAAGAAGACGUCCUAAUUCGUUCAUUUUACCAGAGAAAAAAUGCAAUUAGGGCUUCAAAUAAAAUUUCAUUACACAAUGUUUAUGUCCUUUUUAAAAUGUGACAUUUUUGUGCUUUAGGUUGACGAUAUAUAUUUUAUUUAUAAUCCCUGGGUGCCAUAAGCGGUUGAACUCAAUAAAAACCCAAUUAUGGAAAACAAUCACAGGUUUAUACACAUAUAGCACGACGUUUCGACAUGUGUUCUCUUGUCGUUUUCAAGCACUUACCAAUCUGAUUUUAAAAAAAAACAGACCCUAUUUCGUUUCGUUUUUUAUAGUUCAAAAUUUCGUUAUACUUGUCUUUACUAGGCCAUCGAAAGUAUAAAAAGAAAACGAAAUGAAAUAUUGAUAUUUUAAUCAAAUUGACCACAUACCGCCGAUUGUUUUCCAUAUAAAUUGCGUUUUCGGGUUGCUAUUUUUUUUAAUUUUAAUUAUAAUUACAAUGCUUAAAAUCAUAAUUCAUCUUAUUAUAAACCGAGCUUUUCCAAUAUUAUAUUUUGUGUAUUUUUGUAUAAUAUUUAAACUGUAUAUAAUUAUUGUAAACAAAGUUUUGAUAUAUUUUUUUUGAAUAUUUAGAAAGCUUGUAUAAUGUAAAAGUGAUGGCUUGUGUUUUAGA